CGCAGAGUACUUUCGACUUUGAAGAUAGGAGGGCGAUCGCCUCCCCCACCCACCGCCUCCGCCCACCGCCUCCGCCCCUCGGAGCAACUUUUCCCGGUGCCUGCGAGCUCCCCCUCCGCGGGGAGCCGACCGUCCGGGCCCGCCGCGCUCCGAGCUGCCGCGCGCGCAGGGAAGGCCGCUUCUUGCUCAGAGCUGGCACGGCCGCGAGUCCGGAACAAUGGCCCGGGUGUCCCAAAUGGCAGCAGCAGGGCCACUGCCCGCUGGGCUGUGGGUGGCAGAGAGGGGCUUGCGUGGUGGGCGCAGGGUGGGGUGCAUCCCUGGAUGGCAUCCCUGGAGCGCUCGCAGCGCCGGCGACAUCGCGAGCGCCGCAGCCCGGGCUGCCUGGAGGCCGUGACGCUGUGGCAGCGAGAGCGGCGGAGCUGCCAAUCCUCAGGGCUGCGGGACUGGGGCUACUGGGGACCCCGAGCUGCUGGAGCGCUGGGCUGCGGGCGCGAGCAGAACUGUGCCGUGAGGACUCGGCCUCCCCGAUCCGGGGGAGGCCGUGCAGGAGCGUCCCCCAGCAGGUCCUGCGAAGGCGUAAAAGAGCCACAAACUUUUGCCGACUCCCGCGGCCGCCCGCAGCCUACUCCGGCCGCGGUGCUGAUUUAAGGUGGCACGGGCACUAGCCGAACAGGCCGGCCUCUGGCCGCGCUUUUGUCCCAGAGAUUCCACUUGGGCUCGGGGCCUCCUUAAGGAAAAGCACGUGGGCAGGGGCCGCAGCCCCCGCGAGAUGCCUGAGGCGUCGGCGGACAUUAGCCCCUGGGACCUUGGACAAGAAAAUGUGGACUCGUCCCCGCUGGCCUUGAGGCCAGAGAAGGCCACUCAAAUGGCUGUGCCUCCUGUCCCUCCAGCACACCUAGGCUCUCCCUCCUAAUUCCCUGGACCCCGAGGGCUCUCCCACAGCUCGCCGCCUAAGCCACCGGUCCCCCUUAAGAAGCGUUGACUGUACGGCGGCGCCAGAGGGCCAAACUAAGUUCGGUUUCGGGAAACGCGUUCGGGUGCAAUCCUGGAAAUCCCGGCCGGUUCAGAGACCGCAGAAAGCCGCUUUCGCCGAUUGUGCUCGGGACCAGGCCGUGGUUCACUCGCCGCAUCUCUCCGGUGGGCGGCAUGCGCACGGCCUGGGAGGCUUGAGAGCCUCUGGAAGAGAAAGGGUCCCCGAAACGAAACCUGCCCCCGGCCUAAAUCGGCGCCCAGAUCCGGGUGAACCCCGAACUCAGGCACCGCCCAACAAGUUUCCGAGGAGCGGGAGACGACCUGGGAGACGGUCGGAGCCUAGCCGAGAAAGGAAGCGAGCAGGAUAGUAAAGCUUAGGGGAGCCACCCUGGGAGUUUUAGGCAGCGUUUUCCUUUCCCUGUUUUUCUUACCCAAGCCCUAUCCUCCCCCCAACCCCGCACCCCACCCCCACCCCCAGUGAAAUGGGUUGGAGAAAAUGCACAAUUCGAAGUUGGUGAGAGCAAAAUGGCACAAGUAAAUCGACCCGUGGUGGUAGCUAAAAGGUUUUUGGCUGCAAAGAAACAAACUGUAAGUCUGAUCCACAAACUUAAAAAUCUGUACUGUCACCUCUAAAUGGGAAAGGGGUGUUGCAGAAACCAGCUACCACUGUCAAACUUAGCCCGUUUUUCAAAUGAGGGAAAACGUAUUCCUUAUUAAUAUCUUAACAACGAUAAUAAUGCUGUUUCCUUCCUUACCUUGGUGUUGAACUGUGGAAUCCUCCUCCGGAUCAAUGUCCAGGAACUUAGAAGAAUUGGUGAUAUUAGGACUUCAGUACUUCUGGAAAAAAAUGCAAAUGGUUUAGCCAGGAUCUUUCCUGUCUGAUUCGUCACUAUUAUUAUAUCUGAUGAUGCGAAUGGUUGGAGCGAUUCAAUCCUAAGUCAUUAAUGAGCUAUUUUAUAAACACCACUGUCUGAAGAUCUUCAUUUACAUUUUGCUAAGGAUCACUUCGCUAACCUCACAGGCUUGUGUCAACAGCAUGAUUACAGGACUUCAGUUACACUCUUAUAAACAACAAGGCUGGCCAUAUUGUUAAUCGGUUAAUAUUUUAUAAAGUGUAAAUAUUUUAUUAUGUUUUGAAGGGAACUAUUGAUUCUAAAUUAUUAAACCCCUGAGAAGGGUUAUUUAAAUAAAAUAUACAAUUAGAUACAAUUAAAUGUACAUUGUGGCUAGUUUGCUUUCAGAUUCGAUACUCUUAAAUUCAUUGAUUUUUGUUUUUAUUGGAGUUUCCUCCUGUCCAUUUUUGAUAGUGAAAAAAAUCUAUCAUUUUAGGCAAAAACUCUAAAUUGUUUAAAAUUGCAUUAAACAUAGAGGAAAAUGUCAAAUGCAAUUAAUUAUUACCAGAAAUGUAUUUUGGAUGUUUGUAGAUUCGUAUUUAGUAACACAUUUUACAAAUUUCUUUCGAUUUAAAAAAGGAGAAUUCUAGGAAGUUUUGGGAUGUAUGCCUGGUAUGGGUUUUUUCCCCCUUGGGUUUUAUCCCUAAUAAAGGCUUUUUCUGUUUCAAAUUA